CUGUGAAAAUUAUCUUUUUCCUUAACAUUUUUUCAUCACUAGUUCGCCUAAUAGGUAGAACCGGGCCUGACUGGGAGGAGCGCGCAGAAUGGAAGGGAAAACCGUGAGCUAAAUUUAGCAGCGAGCUACACGACCAGCGAUUGGUUGAAGUCCGUGGGGAGGCUUGAGACUUAAGUACCGACCAUCCCAGACACCCGACAACAGUUGCGACCAGCAUCUCGAUCUGUUCCCUGAUCUUUACUGCAUAUUCUUGUGGUUUCUUUGCCAGUCAAAUGGACUCGAAACAAGGUAACCAGUCCCGAUAUCCCCAGCAGGGGAACGCUGCACAACCACAGCAAGGCUACAGCUACAACCACAACUCUGCAGUCGUCGUUACUCAGCCAGUAACUGCAGUUCCAGUGGUGAACAGUGUGCCAGACAACAUGGGCUUGGCUAUCUUCACCACAAUCUGCUGCUGUUGGCCGAUCGGUCUUUUUGCCAUCAUGAAGGCAUCCCAGUCCCGCACAGCCUUAGCAUCAGGAGACACCCAACGAGCUCAGAACUUAAGCCAGGAGUCUCGCCGCUUGUCCCUGGUUGCCAUCGCAUUUGGAUGUGUCGCAAUCGUCAUUGUCAUCAUCGCAGCUGUCGUCUCGGCGACCAUAUAACUACCAGAAUAGUUACUGACGACGUCAGAGCUUUCAGACCGGGAAUCCUGUUCCUGGAGGGAGCAUGUGGUUGCUGAGGAACCGGAUAUAAGACUGUCUCACACCCGGCAGCUGUCGAAGAAAGACUUUAAUGCAAGACGCACACAUUUGUUGCACUUUGUAGCUAAUAGACAUGAUGCACGUGAGCGCGUGCGUGAGUGCUUUGUUGCACACCCAUUGACUUUUGUGACAAUGUAGACGAAAAAUAAUGAUUAAAAUGAUGGAUUAGACGAGCUUUUAACAAAUUGUUGUUUACUGUUUUGUUGUUGAUGAUCUUUUAGACUUUAGAGAAUACAAAGGUUCGCGGAUGUCUGUACAAGGACAUCCACGCCACCAAGUUUGGAUGGUUUGGUAGUUAGGCGUGUGAAAGAUAUACAGAAAAUUAUCGUCGUAGGUGCUCAGGUUUUUGUAUGGUCAGCGUGGUUGAAGUAAAGACACAACACACUUCUUCUGCAGAUUGAUGAAGUCUGAACAGAAUAAUUAUCAAGUUUGUUUUCUGGAAAUAAAGAUCUCUGAAAGUGAAAGGAAAUGUUGAUGCCGCCGUGGUAUACCACGCUGCAACUUGAGGAGUCCAUCGUCUUCUGUGAAUUGUUACUUCCACAUCACUCGCAGCUCUGUCUUUUAAAAACUUCACUCGAAACGAUGCCAAAACUAAGAUUGAACACAGUUUUACUUGCUAAUAAUAAAUGUUUCGACCACCAUUUUGUAGUAAGUGCAAGUGAUUCUACACACGUAUCGAUGAGACCAUUUCGAUUUGAGUGGGGUGAAGGUUAUGUGUAUACAUUAUUUUCCGAAAUCGUCCAUAUGAGAACUUGGUCUUAUCAUAUCAUCCUGUUUGAAUCUCAUUAAUUUUGAAGACGUUGUAGUAGAUUAGCCAUGUGUAGAAUUCACAUAAACAAUCCGAUUACACUC